AUGAGGAGCGACUGAGGGAGCUGGGAUUGUUCAGUCUAGAGGAGGAAUAGAGGGAAUGGCUUCAAACUGUGCCAGAGAAAGUUCAGGCUAGAUGUCAGGAAAUAUUGCUUCUCUGAAAGAGUGGUCAGGCAGUGGAAUGGGCUGCUUAGGGAAGUGAUAGAGCCAAUGUCCCAGAAGGUGUUCAAGGGAAAUUAGGAUGUUGUAUUGAAGGACAUGGUAUAGUAAGAACUAUUGGUGAUGGGUGGAUGGUUGGACUGGAUGAUCUUGUAGAUCGUUUCCAACCACUUUCCCAUUCUAACUCAUGUCUAACUCAGGUAUUUGAAGUAAGGAUGGCAGCGGCGCAUCUGAAGCAUGGUCCCCAAACUGGUACAUGUGUUCACUUGUUGCCAAAGCUCCAAUUCUAUGUACUUGUUGAUUAAACUCAAGUUAUGUCCAUAACUCCUCCCAUCCCCAUGCUGGGGGCUACUGCCAGCCUACUUCCAUAUGGGCUGUGGGGCUGUGACCUCACAGAGUUAUCCCCAGCUGCCAGACUGUGACCUCAUGGCUCUGCCCGUGUAAACCAGCAGCCAGCACUCGGUCCCUCCCAGUGCGGUCGUGGCCAGCUUUGAGCAAUGGUUGUCGACAGCUUUCUCCUUAUCUCCAGCCUCCUUCUGGUGGCUGGGGUGACUCUGCUCACCACUUCCUGGCGCCGGCAGGGUUCUGACCGGCGCCGGCAAUGGUGGGGAUUGUGGCAGCAAGUGGUAGCACUGAUGUCAGGUGCUGAGAGUCAGGCAGGCAGGCACAGGAGCCCCCUGUGCAGGCCACGUGGCUCCUGGCAGCAAGCAUCGAGAAGGCAGGGCAGUCCCAUCAUGCCCCAUCUGAUCCAGCCUGGAAUGACCCGGCCUUGGUUGCAGCGCAGUCCGUGCCCCUCUCUUUUCAUGAACACUGGUACUGCGAACUCCAUGGGGAAACCGGGCAGGCUUCCUGGACUGGACCAGCGCCCACAGCUUCUGGUGGCACAUGGGACCCCCAGGACACUGAGUCAGCGUUCAAGGCCUGGCAGUGGAUUUAAAGACCUGCCACCUGAGAUCUCCAACUGCACAAAGCCACCAGUGAAAGGGAUGAUCUUUCAGGAGGGCCUUGUUCAAACAGAAGAGAGAAAACGCUGGUGGGAAUACAAGACCAAGAGGCCUGUUUGGCCUAUGCGCCCCCCAGUGCUUCCCAAAGGGCACAAGGAAGCAGGAGCAGCAGCAAGACCAUCCCAGGGACCAGCCUUGAGCCUGGAGAAAAAAGCGGGCACCAAAACUGAAACCUGCCAGCCCUCCAACUCUGGCUUCACUGACAAGAGAAGCACAGAGAAAUCAGACAGGCUCGCUACGGAAAGGCUGUACCGGCAGCUCCUGGUGUCCCUGAAAAGGCCCAAGAUUAACAACGAUGGUCAACAACAAGUCGGGCAGCGGAACUGAAGAACAACCUACUGGCACCUCUUCCUGCACACUGCCACCAGUGGAGGAGUUGAUGGUGCAUGAGAACAUCCUUCGAACACAGGAAUCUCAGCCCUAGGAACAUCAUUUGCA